AUGUCGCUGUCGAAUCAAGCGAGUAUUUCCGACACUCCCCCUACUCUUCUCUCCACCCUCCAAAACCAUAGUCUACACAACGACCUUUUUUUCUCAAAAUCUCUUUCUUCCUCACAGUCCCGACUUUCCCCCCCUCAUCCCUUCUCUGUCUCGUCCGAGACACAUGUGGCCUCCUUGCGUGAUUUGAUCGGUAUAACAAACCAGCUUGCACAUUCCCUUGAUAAUCCAGCAUCUCUGGCAAUUCAAGAUCCAAAGUUAUUAUCGCUGCUGAGACAACAGGCGUCAAUUGAACACACCCUCCAUCUCGUCAGUAUGCCUUCAAUCUCGUACUUUUUAUCGCUCUCAUAUACCUCUGAUAAUCCUGCUCUUCUUGCAGAUCAAAAUGUUCAUAGAACAGUCUCAUCAUUCCGCAAUCGUCUCUCUUCGCGCCCACUCUACGGCGAGGAUAUCCCUGUUUUCCCUGAACCACGCGCCUUAGCAGAGUGGUGUCUCUCCCGUAUUGAAACAUGGGGUGCGACUGCAAGUAUGGAAACCUUCAACGACUAUAAUCCAUCAUCUAGUUCGCGCGCUACCGUAGUCCUUGGAGGCAAAGUCCUGGUAAUUGAUGUGGAUUUGGACCUUGGUGUUGACUUUGCUGGUGGUUCCCAAAAUGCGACCACUACGGAUAGCAAAGAUUUGUCUUCGAAAUUACCAGGUGUCAAGGUCGUUUCUUUCAAAACUUCUUUCGCCCUUGACGGUACCACAGUGAAUGGAAGCGGGAACAAAACCGACGGUCUCGAUGCUUUUCUCAACAACUCUUUGAGCGACUUUUUAGAUACUGUCAGAAAAGGUUCAGUGGAUGCUGAAUCCACGAGUGAUACAGGCAUGGAAACCGAGAAUACCCAGGAUGAUGUCUCGAUACACGCAGCGCGUCUUGGUUAUGACAUGCAAACGCAUCUCGGUUACCUGAUGAUGCUGGACAAGCUUGCUGCUACUGGCGGGAACUACGGUGGUGUUCGAUGGUUUAUCGAUACUGAUCAGCUCAACGCGACUUUGGAGCGUGUAGCGAUGCAAGAAGCUGGGAAUGUCGCUUCGUAUGUUGUUCAUCCUAAUUUCCCUUUUGUAAACUUGCUCACAGCUUUAUGCCAUCAUUUUUUCUUAUACGUGCGAAAUAUAUCUAGUGCUCUGACCGCGCCUGCCGCUCCGUUGGACAUUUUCCUCUUGCGUGCCCACGCACUCCCAUUACCGUAUCUUGUAGCACCUGUUUUAUCAUUUCUCGUGCACGUCUCGCCUCUCGUCUAUCUUUCCUUCUCUCGCUCGGUUGCUGCUGCUAGACCCCGCACAAUUCCAAAGAGUUCACUUAAAAUUGACAUACCUAUGGUCGACCUGCGGAGCUUCUUGACGACCCACCCUCGUCUACCAGGGGUUACUAUGGCGAAUCUGGUGCUCAUCCCACUCGAAAAGGCACCGAUUUUAGGUGGUCCAGAGCAGGAUACUGGAAAGAGAGCGGCCAAAGCUCUGAGACCGAAUUUUCCCUUGCACCCAGGAAGCUCAGAUGUGAACCACGUAUUCCCGCAUUUCCCCUCCUCUGUAUCAACAACCCUCAAUUACAGCUCCACUUCCGGUCAUCCUGGAAGUUCGUCUCAGAUACAUCAUUCGUGGUUCCUCGACUUCACUUCUAGUGGUCGACUACCUGGUGUUGUAAUGAGCCAGGGUAGGAUGUUUGCGAUAGAAAGCACCUUGCGUGCGCUUCGGGGCCAAACGGAGGGUGAUAACAGCUGUUCUGGUCUUGAAGGUCUGGGAGUUGGAGGUAUGGCUAAUAUGGAUAUGGGAUCCAUGGGUUUGGGUACCAUGGGGAAUGUCAACUUUGGGAUAAGUGGUACUCACAUGGGUGGCUCUUCUAUGAGCCCUGAAAUGGACGGUGGGGCAAUUUGGUCGGGGAGUUGGCUUGAUAUGCUAUCUUUGUCACAAAUUACCAUUCUACACUUUAAUUUCGUGUUCCUAGCCUUUUUCAUACAUUGUUCCUCUUCGUCUAAUUCUCUUACUGUUCCAUUAGUUGACGCUUUGUUAGUUCACAGGAAGCGAAGCGGUGUCCUACGAACGCUACAAAACGAUCGUUCACCGAGCAACGCACAUCCGCCUCUUGAGCUGCAUCUUUUGGCGCCACAGGAGCCUGGAUUUUACCUUGAUCGCGUUCCAGUGCGCAAUAUGAAAGAAGUAUGGGCCAUACUCGAAAUUGUGAAAGAACAGUGUUGGCUAAACGCAAUGCUAACUACAGUGCAGUGGGCCCCUGACAGUCCGCCGUAUUACAAUUACGUGAAUGGCAAUCAGACAGAUACGACGUCACGGUUCACAAAGCAGGAAAGCGACAACUUUAAGGCCAAGGUAGAGUAUGAAGAUGAGGGGGAAGCAACCGAAGCUACUCUCCAGGCACUGUUGUCUGGUACCUUCCGGCCACGGUUCAUCCCUGUUACCGUUUACAUCCCUUCUCUAGCCGUUCCUUACUCGUCGAGUAGCUCCGUCGCCGGUCCUCCUCCCGACUCAGCGCACGACAGCCUUUUUGACUCACCCACUACGGGGGACAUGUCGAUUCCCGGUCUAUCCGAUUCCCUUCCGGAUCCAUUAUCUGCCCAUCUUCCUAUGCCCACACCUCCUCGACUUGAGCCGCCACCGUCAAUCGUGAUCACUUCGCCUGAGCGCGCACCGAUCACCGGCAUGGUUGAGCUUCGCGUUACAUUCGAUACCAGUCGACCGCAAGGCGUCAAAAUUGAGCUUAAUGGCGCUUUGGGUGCUGAUGUGGAUGUGGGAACGAUGGAGGAGGUGUGUCGACGUGGGGGUUUGUUUGGACUACCAGGAAGAGUGUGGAGACGUGGUGAGUGA